UUUGUGGUCUCAGGGAAAGCGUUUGCUCCAGAGUUCUACUACGACACCUACAGUCCGCUGUGGCAGAACCGGCCGCGGGUUUACGGAUAUAAACUACAGUGGACACAGAUGAACCCUGGAGCCGUCGACAGAAUCAUGGCGUAUCGACUGGGCAUCCGCAGGUGCACAGGGCAGCAGCGCUGGUGGGAGCAGGAGAUCCCAGUGGAGGGAAACAUCCAGAAAGGAGAGCUGAUCACACACAACCUGACGGAGCUGAUCAGACCCGAGGCGUAUGUGGUGCGGCUCACACCCAUAACUCGCUUCGGGGAGGGGGACUUCACCACCCGCAUCAUCACAUACAGCGCGCCAACCAAUCCACACCUGAGUAAAGUUGUGUGUAGUUUUGAGGAGGAGCCCGUCUGCUUGUUCACUCAGGAUAAGAAUGAUGAUUUCGACUGGAUGAGACACAGCGCUGCGACCCGAGACACCAAAUACACUCCCAACACGGGGCCCAGCGGGGACCGCAGCGGGGCCAGACAGGGUUUCUACAUGUACAUCGAGACGUCCAGACCUCGUAAGGAAGGCGAUACGGCUCGUCUGCUGAGUCCCGUGUUUAACGUCGCACCCAAGAAUCCCUACAGCAUCACCAGCCCUCCUGCUUACUGCUUCAGCUUCUACUACCACAUGUAUGGCAAACACAUCGGCUCUCUGAAUGCAUUUGUGAAGCAGAAAGGUCAGUCAACUUCAGAUGCAGGUCCAGUCUGGUCCCUCAGCGGGAACCAAGGGGACCGAUGGAGACAGGCCAAAAUUAGCAUCCAUCCGGUUUCAUCCUUCCAGGUAAUAUUUGAGGGGAUCCGUGGCCCUGGGAGAGGGGACAUCGCCAUUGAUGAUGUCACGCUGGAGGAGGGGGAGUGUCCUGACCCUCCGUCCAAUCGUAUGUAUCGCGCAUGCAUCUCCAUGACAACCAGGCCUUAA